AUGGCUUCGGUCCAAGUACCUUCCCGGCACAAAGCUGUUGUGUACGACAAUCCCGGAACUGUCUCGACAAAAGUCGUUGAGAUUGACACCCCGAAGCCCGGCGUCGGCGAAGUCCUGAUCAACCUUACGCAUUCAGGCUGCUGCCAUUCUGAUUUUGGAGUAAUGACCAAUGCAUGGUCAACGCUCCCCUUUCCAACUCAAAAAGACCAGGUCGGUGGUCAUGAAGGGGUGGGCAAAAUCGUUGCGUUGGGCCCUGGAACUGAGAACUCGGGACUGAAAACCGGCGACCGGGUGGGAAUCAAAUGGGUGGCCUCUGCUUGCGGAAUCUGUGUUCCUUGCUUGGAAGGUGCUGAUGCGAAUUGCAUUUCAGUCAAGAUCUCGGGCUAUUACACCCCUGGAACGUUCCAACAAUAUGCCCUUGCUCCGGCACACUACGUUACACCUAUACCCGACGGCGUCCCCAGUGAUGUCGCAGCACCCCUGAUGUGUGGCGGUAUCACGGUUUUCAGUGCUCUCAGCAAGAGUGGAGCGAAGCCUGGUGACUGGGUGGUUAUACCGGGCUCGGGAGGCGGGUUGGGUCACCUUGCCCUUCAGAUCGGGGCUAGAGGAAUGGGCUUUCGAAUGAUUGGGAUCGACAUGGGCGAGAAAGAAACCCUCUCCAGAGACUGUGGAGCCGAGGUCUUCAUUGACUUAUCCAGAUACAGCCGGGACGACGAGGGCACCAACAAACUGGUGGACGAUGUCAAGGCAGCCACCGGCGGCUUGGGUGCCGCUGCGGUGGUGGUCUGCACCGCAAGCAACGCCGCUUAUGCUCAAGCACUGCGGUUCCUCAAAUUCAGAGGGACUCUGGUGUGUGUCGGAGUCCCCGAGGGUAGUCCAGUGCCGAUCGCGACCGCAAAUCCAGGAACGCUCUUGACGCAGGAGCUGCGAAUAGUUGGCAGCGCAGUGGGAAAUAGAAAGGAUGCCAUUGACACAAUGGCCAUGGCGGCCCGGGGCAUCCUGAAAACACAUUUCGAACUUCAACCCAUGGAUAAGCUAACAGAGGUCUUUGAAAGAAUGCAGCAGGGUAAACUACAGGGCAGGGUUGUCCUUGAUCUGAGCGGAUAA